CCAGGAGCAGGGCUGAUAAAUCCCUUCGCAGGAUGGUAACAAGAUGCUGGAGAGAUCCCUACAGUGACAUCUGUAGUGACUGGGACUGGGAGCUGGCACUCACCGAUGGAAAACCAGUGAAAGGCUGUUCCCCUAAUGAUCCCUCAUUAGACCUCGCCAAGAGUACACUGGGAAAGAAAAGCACCGAGCAAGUUGCACAGCCCACUACCGGUCACAUGGCUAAGGAAAAUGGAGAGAAAGAGCCAGUGAGUGCUAACGAACCACUCAAACCAGUUAGCCUUGUCAACGGGUCAGAAGUUGAUGACUUGUCGUCUGUUAAUGCAAUGAUGUCAGCAGUAAUGAAUCCAACGAGUGUUUCUGAAAAUGUCGGGAGCCUUCAACACACUAAGUCGCCAGCAAAGUCUCCUGCUCCCAACCGGAUUGGCAGAAGAAAUCAGGAAUGCAAAGAAGAGAAAUCUUCAUACACCUGUCCGUUGUGCGACAAGAUUUGCAAUUCCCAGCACCAGCUGACUAUGCACAUCCGCCAGCAUAACACGGACACUGGAGGGACGGACCAUAGCUGCAGUAUUUGUGGGAAGUCUCUGAGUUCAGCCAGCUCCUUGGACCGCCAUAUGCUUGUCCAUUCUGGAGAAAGACCAUACAAAUGCACAAUGUGUGGGCAGUCCUUUACCACCAAUGGAAACAUGCACCGGCAUAUGAAAAUACACGAGAAGGACCCAAACGCCCCAGUGACUGCAAGCCCACCCUCGCCACAGAAACGGAGGAGACUGACCACCAAAAGGAAAUCCAUUCCUGAAACCGAUACCGAUAAAGAAGACUCUCCACCAGCAAAGAAGGCUGUGGAAGAAAUUCAAUCUGUGGAUCCGUUGAAAAAGACAGAAGAUGUUGUCCAUUGCCCUCUGUGUUAUAAAGAAUUUACAUGCAAGUCUGGUCUGGAAAGUCACAUGGAAACACACCCUGAAGCCUCGCUAAAGUGUGACAUUUGUUGUAUUUCAUUCCGCACCCACCGGGGCAUGCUGCGCCAUAAUGCUGCGAUCCACAGGCUGCUCCCCAGGGACUCGUCAGGAAAGCCUUUUAUCCAGAAUAACCCUUCCAUCCCUGCUGGAUUCAAUGAUCUGGGCUUCACUGACUUCUCUGCCAAGAAGUUUCCUAUCAUUUCUCAGGUCUGGUGUGAAACGAAUUUAAGGAGGUGUAUCAGUGAAUUUCAUCGUUUCAUUUGUGAAACCUGCAAUAAGGCUUUCCCGAUGUACUCUGCUCUGAAACUGCACAUCAAGACCCAUGGAGAAGGGCAGGCCAAAAGUGAGCACAAGGCAGAAAACUCAGCUGGAGAGAACCAAGAACAGAAAGCUUUCAUGGCAGCUCUGGGCCUGCAGUACACCAAAGACAUCAAGCCUUCUAGUCCGAACGAGAACACACCAGACUGUUUACAGGCCAUAGCCCUAGAAACUCUGAAGAGUAACCUACCUCAGGAAUUUGGUAGCAUGAGCAUGCUGAACUUAUCUCCUUUAGAAGCCCCCUCUGUAAGUGGUCCUUUCUCAGUCUUGCCACCGACAAAAGAGAACCUAAAGCUGCUUAACCUGCAGCCUUUUCAAAAGGGCUUCACCAUGCAACCUGACAACAGUAUCGUGGUUAAACCCACCUCUGGUGAGUUGGCUGAUAUUCAGCAGAUACUCAAGAUGGCUGCUUCCGCACCCCCUCAGAUAAGUCUUCCUGCUUUUGGUAAAACGCCUCCAGGCAGCACACAGUCCAUUUUCAAACAUAUGCCUCCACUAAAGCCAAAGCCACUGGUGACUCCUCGUACACUUGUUGCCACCUCUACGCCCCCUCCCCUUAUUAACACUCAGCAGGCAUCUCCAGGCUGCAUCAGCCCUAGCCUUCCUCAGCCACCAUUGGGGAUUAUAAAGAACACUGUAGAAUCUGCAACAAACGCCAUAUUUUUGCAAUCCAGGCCUGGAAUCAAUGGCAUCUCUUCUUCUCAAAACUCCCAAACACCAAACAAUGAUGCCUUGAGUCAACGAGACAUAAAAUCCCAGCUGGAACAAGACAGUAUUAUGGAAGCUUAUAUGCCUUUAGAUUUGGAUUCCAAAAUCAAAAAGGAAGUGGGUGAAGUGAAUCUGAAAUCGAUCAUUCCUGGAGCAAACAAUAAAAAAGCUCCCCAAUCAAGAAAAGACUUCCAUCCUUGCCGUUUCUGUGAUCAAGUGUUUUCAUACUCCGGUGUUUUGAGGGCUCACAUACGCACUCACCUGGGGAUUUCGCCCUAUCAGUGUAACAUCUGUGAUUAUAUUGCAGCUGACAAGGCUGCACUAAUACGUCACCUGCGAACACACAGUGGUGAAAGACCAUACGUAUGUAAGAUUUGCCAGUAUCCUUUUACUGUCAAAGCCAACUGCGAGAGGCACUUGCGUAAGAAGCACCUUAAAGUCACCAGAAAAGACAUUGAAAAGAACAUUGACUAUGUUUCAACAAACACAGCAGAAAUGGUGGAUGCACUGUGUUCUCCUGAUACUGUGUGCAAAUGCUGCGGGGAGGACAUGAAGAAUUAUCGUGCUCUUCAUAUACACAUGAGAACGCAUGCCAACUUCCCAAAAAAGAAACCAUUUGAAUGCAAAGACUGUGGCACAGCUUUCUCUGCCAAAAGAAACUGCAUCCAUCACAUACUUAAGCAGCACCAACAUGUGCAAGAGAAGGAGAUAGAAAGUCACAUCUUGAUUAGAGCCUGCAGUCCUGAACCUACCAGGUCAGACUCCCCACUUUUGGAAGACAACACUUACCUUAAGAGGACUUCUGCCACAACCUACCAAGAAUCACAGAGCGGGUUUCUACCUGUGGGGUUCCCUGCAUUCCCUUUAAAAGUUGAAAAUACUGCCGGUUUCCCCGUGGACAUUAAUGAACCCUUGGAUUUUUCUCAAAAGAACAAGAACCCAGGUAGUUUCCAAGUAAAGCAGGAACCUGUCUAUAGCAAUUCUGUUGCCUCGUUUGACUCCAUGGAGCCAAUUGAUCUGUCCAUCCCUAAACACACUAAACAGGACAAAGAUGAGUCUCCGGUUACAACAAAGACCCAAGACCAAGCUCUGGUGACCAUUGGGCAGAAAUACAACUGUCAGCCAUGCCCAAUCUCCUCAAGUGCCAAUGAAAUUGUAGAUAAAUCUGUAUCCAUCUCACAUUCCAAACCUGUGAAAAACACUUUGCAUUUAACGGUACCUAUCAUUUCUCCUGCUGUGCUUGGCAGUGCAACAGUCCUGCGCCCUUUGAGGCCUAAACCACCACCUCUUUUGCCAAAGCCUUUGAUCCCUAAAGAGUUGCCACCUCUGGCUUCAAUUGCACAGAUUAUUUCCUCUGUAUCGUCUCCCUCUGCUUUGUUAAAAAAUGAAGUUACCACUCCUGCUUCUCAAGUUGCUGCCAACAACUCAGCAGCCACUGAGAAAUCUGGUGCCUCCAAAUCCAAAAUGACAAUCCCUCACAAGGAACCUACAGCUCCUUGUGAUGUUCCAAGUAUGGUUGGAAGCCCAUCUGACACCACCACCUCAACUGCUGUAGCUGGUGGAACAAAGAAACGAGGUCGAAAGAAAGGAACUAAAAACAAACCCAAGGUACCCACUGGGCUGGAUCUUGAGUCAAGUGGUGAAUUUGCAAGCAUUGAAAAGAUGUUGGCCACAACAGACACUAACAAAUUCAGCCCUUACCUCCAGUCCACUGAAGAUCUCAAAGAGGCUGCAGACCACAAUGGAACUAGUGAAGAUGAGAGGGAUAGCGGUGAAGAUAAAAGAGCAAAGAGAAAUUCGUAUUCCAACUCUGUGCAAAAAAUCACCUGCCCGUAUUGUCCUCGUGUUUUUCCGUGGGCAAGUUCCCUGCAGAGACACAUGCUUACCCAUACAGGUCAGAAGCCCUACCCCUGCGCAAAAUGCGAUGCCUUCUUUUCUACCAAAUCUAACUGCGAACGCCACCUGUUACGCAAACAUGGAGUUGCCAACCUGUCCUUAAGAAGAAACGGUCUUAUGUCCCAGUCUAAAGAAAGUGAUGCUGGAUCUCAGGAUAGCACAGACAGCCAAUCUGAUGCUGAUGCAGAGAUGUCUGCUACUGAGGGUGACGCGUUAGACCUGACUUCUGGGGACAGGGAUAAGGCUGAGGCCGCUCCACCCUCAGAACCCGAAUGUGGAUCCAAGAACGAUCAAAAGGAAAGACCAUCGCUAGACAAUAAGGAGGAAGCCAAAGAAGACUCAAGUGAAUACAAAGAACACUUGGAAGAUGAUACUGUGAGCAACAAGAGCCUUGAUCUAAAUUUCGCCAGCAAACUAAUUGACUUUAAAUUGUCUGCUAGCGAUCAGACUGCUGGGAGCAGUAGCAAUUCCUGUGAUGUUUGUGGGAAAAGUUUCAAGUUCGCUGCCACACUGGGAAGGCACAAGAAGGCCCAUACCUGCGAAGAUAAAGGAGAUGAAAAGAGUAGUGAAGAUGAAGGCAAAGGUCUGCCUGAUUCUCCCUGUGAUCUAUCUCAGCACGGUGCAGAAGGUGGGGACAUGGAGGAAGAGCCAGUGGACUUGAAGGUGACUAGAUCUCCUACCGAGAGCGAACAUUCAGGAAAUCGGAAGGUGGAUGGUGAGGCAGGUUCUGCAGAAGACAGUAUAGAGAAGAUGGCCUUGGAAAAAAGUGAUGAUGACCAGGAUUCCAAAGCUAACGAAACAAAGGUGUCUUCUAAAGCGGACAAAAGGAAAAAAAUAUGCACCGUUUGCAGUAAGCGCUUCUGGUCUUUGCAGGAUUUGACGAGGCAUAUGAGAUCCCAUACUGGUGAAAGGCCUUAUAAAUGCCAGACCUGCGAACGCACUUUCACUCUGAAACACAGUCUGGUGCGACAUCAAAGAAUCCACCAGAAAGUUAAAGAUCUGAAGAGCCAGGGGAAGGAAAGUGACAAGGAAGACAGACAACUAAGGUGCGAGGAAGAGAGUGAUGCCGAGUCCAUGCAAAGCAGUACACAUCACACAUCAGAAAAUGAAUGUGAUCCACUACCCAGCCUGAACCAAUCAGUAACCAGAAGCAGAAAAAACCAGGCAGUGAACGUGACUGGCGAGGAAUCAUCUCAAAAAAGUGAAACUAGUUCAGGGAGGAGCACCCCAAAACAAGUUCCAGGGUUAGAUAGCAUUAAAGAUCCUGAAAGCUGUAAAAUCUCUGAUCGGAAAAGUCUCUUGGGUCUCUCGGAGUCUGAAGAUCCAGCAAUAAAUCACAUUCUUAUUGCAGCGGAAGGUGCCCUUGCCCUAAUGGGUGCUAAGUGAGCCAGAGGUUUGUGGAACUGACCACACGUUCUUCACCCCAAAGUAAAAUGCCGAUUUCUGUCUGAUCUACCUUUUUUAAGAAGUUCCUCCAGCUACGGAAGAGUAUGGCAGGCCAUAUCAAGUGCCAUAAGCUUUCAUUUGAAUGCAAAAAAAACUUUAUACUGGUUUUGAGUGCCUUACUACUUUAUGUCUUUGGUAUCAUAGACUUUUUUUUUUUUUUUUUUUUAAAGAAAUGUUUUUGAUGAUAAAAUGACUUUAAAACUUAUUCAAACAGAACUUUUUUUCCAGUUAAGCGUUGAAAUGACCGUGUCUGUGUGUAAAUGCUUGCUCCUGCACAUCGCCUUCUUUUCAGAAGUGGACAUGUGAUUGUAGGGAAGCCAUACAGUAAUACAGCUAAUAACUGGAAGAAAACAGAUUUGUGAAUGGACAGUCGGGGCAUACCUUAUACAAGAGCACAGCUUGUGUUUCCCCUCUGACCUCCUAGUUUUAGGGUUUGUUUUACCUUUUUUGUCUUUCUCCUGAAAACAUGAACUGUAAUGAGUAUUUCGGAUAUGUGGAUGAAAGAAAUUGGCAUUUGCCGUGAUCCAGGAAAAAAAAAAUUCAAAAUAGCUUUUGAACUUCAAAACUUGAUUCCACUUACAAAGGUUCCUGAAUGGUGUCAUUGAUCAGUCUUUGUUCUACCUCGGAAUUAAUACACAGAGGAUUCAGAGGAUGGAUUCUGUCAAAACCAUGGAAAUGACUGCGCCCUGCCUAUCUCUCAAUUCUGUUUGCUUGAAUACAACAUCUUACUAGUUUCUGCAUUUUGCAGAACUGUUUGGGCAAUAUUUGCCUUCAAAAUUUACCAAGUAACCUUUGUGGAUCCUGGUAUUAAUAUAUAUAUGUAUAUGUAUAAUAUAUAAACUUUUUUUUUUUUUUGCUUUUCAAAUCCUAGCCUUCAGCAGUUCUCUUGCAUUGCACCAUUCCUACAGUACUGUAAUCAACCCUGUUUUCAAUUUCUAUAUAUAUAAAAAAAAAGACUUGCACAUAAUAGGCUGACAUCAGCCUGGCUUGUGUCCAGCUGUGGAGGGAGGAUGAUGGUUUCGCCUAAAUUUUAUACCUGUGAAAAGUGUGGCCGUUAGUCGGACUGUGAAAGCAAAAA